GCGCACUCUUUAACUAAGGGGACGGGCGAUGAGUGACAGGCCGCGCAGUAGCAGCAGAGGCGAUGUAGACUAUCCUACUGUAAACACUAAUGCGAUUUAGCCACUCAGUCCUGGAUAAACAGCGAGACAGACUUUCUCACAGCUUUACACACUUUGAUGAGCCGUUUGACUGAUGACAUUGCCCCCCCUCUCCUGAAACAAGAGGACACACUGUAUGGAAGCAGCCGCAUGACCGAGUCUCUUGCCGUCGCGUGCACGACGAGCCGACUUUUCCGUGGAGGGACAGGAGAGCAAGAAACCCCUCGCCGCGAGCUAGUUGUGAAUGAAUGAAGCCAGUGCAGGACUGACAGAGCGCAAUGGAGAGCGAGGCUCCGAGCUGCGAGGACGUGCGGAAGAGCGGAUACCUCCGCAAGCAGAAGUCCAUGCACCGGCGCUACUUCGUGCUGCGCGCGGCCUCAGAGCGUGGUCCGGCCCGCCUGGAGUACUACGAAAGCGAGAAGAAGUUCCGCAGCGGGAAAGCAGCGGCGCCCAAGCGGGCCCUCGCGCUCGAGACGUGCUUCAACAUCAACAAGCGCGCCGACGCCAAGCACAAGCACAUGAUCGUGCUGUACACCCGCGCCGAGAGCUUCGCUGUGGCCGCAGAGAGCGAGGCGGACCAGGACGAGUGGUACCACGCGCUGCUCGAGCUGCACUGCAAGAGUAAAGCACUGUGCGAUGGUAAUUCUGGAGAUUAUGGUGUACCGUCCCCUGGGCCUGCGUUUAAGGAGGUCUGGCAAGUUAAAGUUUGGCCAAAAGGUCUUGGGCAAGCUAAAAACCUAGUGGGUAUAUACCGACUCUGCCUAACAGAGAAGACAGUCAACUUUGUCAAGCUCAACUCAGAUGCAGCAGCUGUAGUAUUACAGCUAAUGAAUGUGAGACGUUGUGGCCACUCUGAAAAUUUCUUCUUUGUGGAGGUUGGCAGAUCGGCAGUGACUGGCCCUGGAGAGUUCUGGAUGCAGGUAGAGGAUUCAGUUGUGGCACAGAACAUGCAUGAGACACUACUUGAAGCCAUGAAGGCCCUAAGUGAGGAGUUUCGCCAGCGCAGUAAGUCACAGUCUACUACAGCAGGUGGAGGGGGUGGUGCAACUGCAUCUAAUCCAAUCAGUGUUCCAUCUCGUCGUCACCACCCAAAUCCCCCACCUAGCCAAGUGGGAUUCAUCAGACGACCUCGCACAGAGCCACCAGGAGCUACUGGAGGAGGUGGCACCAGCAACAAUGCUUCCCCUACACCUCGACAUGGGUUUGCCAGAGCCUGUAACUCCAGUGAUGGAGCAAAAGUAGAGGAGGGCAUGAAUGCAGGUACAAAGGGUGUUAAUUCCAGUUCAAGUCCCACCACAAAUGGGUCCUGUUCUAACACGCCAAUUCUCAGGUCUACAUCUGUACGUGCUCCCACACCAGUCAAGUCACAGCAUGCUUUGUUGAGGUCCAUCUCAACUCCAGCCCCUUCACAAGCUCAGAACCUCUCCCCCUACCCAGGCAAUGGAUCUGAAUUUGGGGCCACAGGUUCUGGGAACACUGCAGCUGGCGGGGAUGGAAAUGGAAGCACUUACAAUCGAAUGCCUCUCCGCCAGCCCUCGGUUUCUGGUUCACUCAGUGACUAUGGUUCUUCAGAUGAAUAUGGUUCCAGCCCAGGUGAGCAUUCUUUGUUGACUUCAACCAUUCAGGCAGGGUCUGUAGGUAGCUCAUGUGGGGAUGAAGCCUCCAACUAUAUUCUUAUGGCACAGAAAGGGGCAUCCAAUUCAUUUCCAACUGACAACUCUCUGCCUCCGACUAGAAGGGUGUUGCGACGCUCUUCAGAUCGUGAAUGUGACACUGAACGUAGGAUGACCAGUAAAAGGGCGUCUCUGCCACCCAUGGCUCUAGAGAGGCUUGGCACUUACCGCAGAGGAGGAGAUGUAGAGAUUGAGGAAGACAACUAUGCUAUAAUGUCUCGAAGUACCAGCCGUGAGUCUUUCAGCACACGCCAGGAUUCAGAAUCAACUGUUAGUGGAACCAGAUAUCUGGAUGUAGCUGCAGAGUCCAAAGCUGAAGCAGGAAGCUGUGGAUCAGAUGGAUUGACUAUUGGUAAGGUAGGGGGUGACAAUGGAUACAUGUCCAUGUUGCCAGGGGUAACGGCUCCUCCAGUGUCCCUCUCUCACUCGCUAUCUGUAGCAGUGUCAGACUCUAAACCUGCAGAUGACUAUAUGGCUAUGACUCCCAACAAUAGUAUCUCACUUCCUCAGCAAAUCCAUCUUCCUACUUCUACCACAGAUGGCUAUAUGAUGAUGUCGCCAAAUAGCAGCUGUUCCCCAGAUCAGCGUGUGUUUUCAGGAGCCUCAGUUGGCAGGAACAGUGCAGACAGUAGGCCUGGCAGCGAUUAUAUGAACAUGUCACCUAUCAGUGUGCGUGCCAACAGCACUCCAUCUCCUCAAGAAUCUCUUAAAGUAUCUGAAAAGCAUCCUCAACAACCUCCUCCCAAAAUGGUAUAUUCUUACUAUUCCCUACCCCGUUCUUAUAAACACAGCAGCCCUAAACACUUUGAGGAUGGUUCAGGAAGAGGAAAGUGCUUAGGCAGUGAAUAUGGAAAUGGUGGAGGUCAAGGUCUUGGCAGUUGUAGGGGUACAUCUCAUUAUCAAGAACCUGGAGUUGGAAGGCACUUGUCUUUUUCCUCCUCAUCGUACUCAUCCAGCUCAGCUAGCAAUGAAAGUCUGGGGGAGUGUGAAGAAAAGCUCACCCAGGUGAGAAGGACAGCUGCAGGGGCUAAAGUAAAGGAUAGUGGGGCUCUGCAGCAGAGAUUGGGGUCUGGGUCAGCUAAACAUGCACAGGGCCAGAGGAAUCGUCCUCUUAGUUUGUUUGUGGAUGUCUCUAAAGCCAAUACCUUACCAAGGGUCCGUGAGACACCAGCCCCAUCUGAGCCUAAAAGUCCUGGUGAGUAUGUCAGUAUAGAGUUCAAGGGUGAGAGAAGCAUCAGAGAAGUCAGAGAAGUAGUUACAGUACCUAGGCAGAGUAGUUCCAUUCAUGCCAGCUCACAACGCCCCUUGCCUAGGCCCACUUCCUGUGUUGCUGGGUUCUUACCUCAUCCCUGCAGCACCUCUUCUGCUGUCCCUCCAUCUGUUGCUUCAGAAUAUGUCAACAUGGAGCUAGGAGCCUCCCCUUCACAAUCAUCCUUCUCCCUCACUCCCCUUGGUUUCCCUUCUUUUCCCACUCCUCCGACGCCACCUACAUCAGCACCCAAAGCCUGGGGUGAGCAAAGCUCAACACCACAAAAUGAAGAAGAGGCUGAGGUGGAAAUGGUACAUAGUGGACAUCGACCUCUUUCGGCAUCUCAGUCACUUGACUCUCCUAUAGCAUGUGCAGACUACACAGAAAUGGUCUUUGGAUUGAGCUCAGACACGACCACCAGCUCGACAACACCUAAAGAAUCAAUGCUGGACAGACAAGAAGCCAUUGGUCCCACACUAAGCCUGGGUCUUAAUUUAGAUUUUCCAAUGUCCAAAGCCCCAAAUCCAGAUCAUGGUGCUAAGGUAAUAAGGGCAGACCCUCAAGCUCGCCGGCGCCACUGUUCUGAAACGUUCCUGGCACCUUCUUCAUUGUCCUCAUGCCCCAUAAGUUCCUCCUCUUCCAUGUGCAUGAUCAGUGAGCACACCCAAGCCAUAGCACGGCGACUUGGUUUGGAUGGCAUUUUGAGUGGAAGUGGAAACUUGCUAGAUAACCCAAAUCAGCAUGCUAACCAUGGAUUAACUAACAUAAAUACUACCCAGACCUCAUCUACAGAGCAAGGGCUCAACUACAUAGACCUAGACUUGGCUACAAGAGAGAGCUCACAUCUUGUUGUUGAUGUUCAGACUACUGGCCAAACAGCAGCUCGGCUCUUUUCAUCUGUUUUGGGUAGUGGAGCAUCUGGAGGUCCUGGAGGAACAGGAGGUCUGAGCAGCAACGCUUCAAAUCUCAACACAUAUGCUAGUAUUGACUUCUACAAGUCAGAGGAGCUACGUUCACACCAAGGCAGCAACAGCAGCAAAGACAGUACAGAAUGUUGAAGUAUUGUCCUGGUCCUCUGGAAUACUGAGGAAUGAAGUCCCAGAGUUUUCCUGCUCACACUGUGUGUGACAAUUUGACUCUUGGAAAAUGAACAGGCAGAGAGAUGUGUGUGUGUGUGUGCAUGUGCGUGUGUGUGCGUGUGCGCCUGUGCACAAGGUCCAGCCGCCUCUUUGGCACUUUGGAAAAAGACUGAUAAACAGAGAUUUCAUCUCUGUUUUUAGUUUGACUUAUUGCAGCAAUCAGUACGAGUGAGUGCCAAAAGAACUCUCCUUGCUGCCCAGAUUGGUUUUGUAACAAAUAAAAACCGCAACCAAUCAGAAGACAGAAUGAAAAACGCCUGCCGAGCGAGAGCCAAUGAGGUCCGGCAAUCGAGCGUGUGAACAGUUUGGCAAAAGGAUUCAGUCAAACAACGGAACUUGAGGAUCACGAUUCUUGAAUUAUGAAGAAAAAAAAAGUGCCUAUUGUUUUGAUUGUGGUUAUUUGAAAGAAGACUUUCAGAUGGAUUUUGACUGAAGAACUGCUGGGAAGGCAAAAUCACCAAGAAAAAGAUGUGAUACUACAGUGUGAAUAGUUCAGAUGAUGGUGAUGCUGUAUUAGUCUUUGCUGUGAUGUUUAUUUCAUUAGUAUAGCAGCUUUACCAUAAGCUUCAGUACUCAGUCUCACUACUGACUGUCUCUGUCGAUUCCUUCUCACAACACUGUCUAUAUAUUUCACCUCUCACUGUUUUCCUGAUUCUUCUCUCUUUUUGCUUCGUUCGUUGACAUUGUUUCAUUUUUUCUGUGUCUCUUUUUAACUCUUGUCUUCUUUUUAUGUGAUUUAAAUGUCCCAACUAUGCAGUAGUACUUUAGUGCCUAUCUGUAGCUCUGCACCUCUCCUGCGUUCUCGCUCAGCCCGUGCUCCUACGGUAGCAUGUAACCCAGUGCGCUAUUUUUAUCUGUACUUUUUAGGUGGGGUGUUUCUCCGUGAUGGUGCCUGCUGUUACUUACCUCAUGCAAACAUGCUAGCUGAUCCAGUCCAUGGUGGACUGUACAAAUUAUGUUUCAAAUAGGAAUGUGAAAGACAUUAUCCAUUUCAAGAGUUCUGUCGAUGAUUGCCCUUUUUCACUGAUUUUUCACAGACCUUUGCUGGUUUUCUUACAAUGGUUUAAAAUAAGGCUGAGCGACAUGACAUCAGUGUUAAAGGGAACAUCUAUGUGUAGCAUGAAACACCAGUCUACAUUGGUUGAUAUGAUCAAAGGUAAACAGUGCCAAAGUUAUAAUAUAAGGAACUCUUAUAGCUUAUAGUUCUAUAAUGUCAUGGUUAAUUUUGGAAUGCUUUUCUAUUUUCGUUUUCUGGCAUUAUUAUCACUUUAAUUCCGCUUUUAAUGAUGGUUAAAGAUCAUUAAAAUGGCUAAAGAUCAUUUUCAGUUUCAGUAUAUUUAUGCAUAGGGAGAAGGCUGUUGGUGCACAAUGGCCUGCCUCUAAAAAGACUUUUUAUAGGUGUAGCUGGAAUCUGAUCCUGAACAUCAAAAGCAAAAUAUGCCUAAUAAAAGCAUGCCGAUGUGCAGACUUAAUACAAAGAAGUACGUUGUUUUCUAAAAAUUUAUACCAGUAGAUUUCCAUAUUCCUGCCUAUUCGUUGAGAUGUCUUACAGAGACAAAAUGUGAAUGCCAAAAUGUUAGAGAUGUCCUGAACUGAUAGUGAGUAUCCGUUCCCUUCUUGUAGCCAGGGACCCCUUUAACUGUAAAAAUAAAUUUCACGGACUGUCUCAGCAUCAAUUUAUUUUUAUGAACAUAAUCCAACUAUUCAAAUAUAAGACAAAUUUAAAUGUGUACAGCAAUAUUCUGCCUGUUAUUUGCAGCCCUAGAGCUUUUUUUUUAUUUUAUUUUUGAAUGUUCCAACAAACGUUCCACAGAACACAUUAGGUCCAAGUUGACUUUAUUUAUAGGGUGACAUAUUUUUGAGUUAUUAAGGUUUGGAUUAAAGUCAUUUUAUUCAGUUCACCAGUCAAAUAGACUAAUACCAUAAGAACUCAAUAAUAAAUAUAAUAACUGAUAAUGAUGGAUUGUGUUUUCCACCACUGAAUUAAGAAUUAAAAAACAAACCCCCGGCUAUGCUUCCCAGGUCACAUUUUGAGAACCACCGAUUUAAGACAUGCUGUUAUGAUGCCUCUGAUGUUUCUCAUAACUGAGAACAGAGAGGCCCAGUUAUUAAACCGGUAGCAAUAUCAGAUGAGUAUGAAAUAAUUGACCUAAUCUGACAGAUCUUAUAAUCGGUAUUUGAUAGCAAAUUGAAAAAGUGUGAUUGGGACAUACAGAAAAAUUGUUAAACUGAAGUCUUUCAGUGAGGCCAGGUAUGGGACAACAAACAUCCUCUCUCUAUCUAUCUCUCUGAUUUCGAAGCAAAAUCAUAAGAGGAUAUACAUUAUUGUAUAUUUUGAGUGACACGGUUGAUGGUUUUGCUGUAUCAUAGUGUAAAAUAUAUUUUGUAUUUCUGGAGCA